GACAGAGCAACCGUUAGUUAAACAUACAAAAAUGUUCGCUAAAUUCGUAGCUGUGUGCGCCUUAGUGGCUGUCGCCAAGGCUGGUCUGCUCCCCUCUGCGGUCCAUUACUCUCCUGCCGAGGCCGUCUCCUCACAGAGCAUCGUGCGCCACGACCAGCCCCGUGGUAUUGCCACCAAGCUGGUAGCUGCUCCCCUGGCCAAAUUGGCUGUAGCCGCCCCCGUAUACCACGCGCCCGCUCCCGUCGCAUACGCGCCCGCCCCUGUCGCCUACGCGUCCGCCCCUGUCGCCUACGCUCCCACACCCGCUGUAUACCGCGCUCCCGCCCAGUACUCAGCCCCCAUCGCUAAAGUGCUUGCACAGCCUGAGGAAGUUGCAUACCCUAAAUACGACUUCACAUACUCCGUUGCUGAUGGCCACACCGGAGACAACAAGUCCCAGCAAGAAUCCCGCGACGGUGAUGUUGUGAAGGGCUCAUAUUCUCUGCAAGAGGCCGACGGCUCCAUCAGGACUGUGGAGUACACCGCUGAUGACCACAACGGUUUCAACGCGGUCGUGCACAACAGCGCCCCCAAGUCCGCUCCCGCCCUCAUCAAGGCUCCCGUCUACGCGUCAGCACCAAUCUACUACAAACACUAAAUAGUCAUUCGUUGCCAUUAUAUUAAAUGUUAAUUGAUUAGUUAUUUAUUUAAAUAAAGUGAUUAAUUUG